UCAUCUAUGGCGCAACGUAAGAUGACCCAAAAAUUGUUUACUUGCCAUAGGAGAAUGUUUCAUUUGAAAAUGAAGCGAAAAAUCCUCUGCCGCUUCUCCGUUCUUCACAAGUACCUCUCCUCCUUCUGGUACCAAUUUCUUGCUUUUUGGAUCACCAAAUCCAUCAAAUACAGGCAAUUGCCCCACACCAUACCUGUAUCCGCCGCUCAAUCCCCACCGCAGCCCGCCGACGGCCGCCGUUCCACCUCCGAAAUAGAUUUGGUGUCCUUGAAGAUUUGCCUUUUGGGUGAUAACCAAACUGGCAAGACCAGCUUUUUGACCAAGUAUGUAGGGAAAGAGAAAGCGCAGGAAGGGUGUUUGACAAAAGGUCUGUACCAGAUGGACAAAACACUCAAUGUCAGAGGAGCUCGAAUCUCUUACAGCAUCUGGGAAGUUGAAGGUGAUGAUUCUUGUUCCCAGGACCAUAUUCAGGCCGCAUGUAAAGAUUCAGUAGCAAUGUUGUUCAUGUUUGAUCUGACCAGUCGGUGCACUCUGAACAGUGUCCUUGGAUGGUACCAGCAGGCCAGAAAAUGGAAUCAGACAGCAAUUCCUGUUCUGAUUGGAACCAAGUUUGAUGAUUUCGUCCAGCUGCCCCUAGAUCUGCAAUGGACAAUUGCCAGUGAGGCAAGAGCCUAUGCUAAGCUACUGAAGGCAGCAGUGUUCUUUUCGAGUGCAACCUACAACAUCAAUGUGAAUAAGAUCUUCAAGUUCAUAACAGCAAAGCUCUUCAACUUGCCAUGGACGUUGCAGAGGAACCUCACCCUCGGCGAACCCAUCAUUGAUUACUAGAUUUCCUUUGUCUCGUUAGCUGUAAUUGUACACAGGAAAAGCCAAGAAAUUGCCUCCCCAGGAGAGUAAUUUAAUUACAGUCAACCGGUCACUGGAUUUGUUGUUGAAUACCCAGUGAUAAGGGUUGUUUUCCUUUUAUUUUAGUUUAUGCAAAUUGCAAUGCAGUGUAGGAAGUGCAAAGAGCUUCUAAACUCCAUGUACAAAGAAACUCUUGUUAGUUGUUACAUUUGCUGGUAAUCAGUAAAAUUGCAAUUUCAUGUAGUGAAGAAGUGUUUGAAAAUCUUAUUAUUUUGGUGUUGAUA